GGACCCCGCUGCGACCACGUUGGAGGUGGAGCUUGAAAACGCUCGGCUGCCUGGUUCCGCUGUCGCUGCCGUGGGAUCGCGCUCGGCCGUGUGAUCGUCUGAUACGGGGAGAAAUGACACAGCAUGGUCCCCGUUGAGGAAGUGAAAUGAUAACAUAACGGCCGCCUCGACUAAACCAUCUGUGUGUUUCUGCCUUCACUGGACUGCAAUGCCGCCACAGCGCGUAUUCGCCCUGCCGAGGCAACAAUCUCUGCUGCUGCCUGCGGUCAUCAACCCGUUUGUUCAAGACACCAAACUAACCAAAGCGACCAUAAUAAAAUGUGUCCUCCGGGGAAUCUUCCUGGUCCCUAUUCGCGCCAUCCUUCUGUCCCUGGUUCUCAUGGUGACAUGGCCAGUAGCUGUUAUAAUAACCUUCAACCAUCCUCUGAAAGGAGCCGUGGAACCAAUGACAGGCUGGAGACGGUUCAUGUGUCGGAGAGUGAUGGCUGCCCUGGGGAGAGCUUACUACUUUUGCAUGGGCUUCAGAGUGGUGGUCAAGGGCAAGCAGGUGGACAGCAGUGAGGCCCCCAUCCUGGCUGUGGCCCCCCACUCCUCCUUUUUUGAUGGGAUCGUGUGCAUUGUGGCAGGCCUGCCCUCCACUGUCUCCCGUGUCGAGAACCUGGCUACACCCAUCUUUGGCAGGUUUGUGCGCUGUCUUCAGCCAGUGUUGGUGUCCAGAAAGGACCCCGACUCCAGGAAGAAUACAAUCCAGGAGAUCGACAGCAGAGCCAAGUCAGGAGGCCACUGGCCACAGGUUCUGAUAUUUCCAGAGGGAACAUGUACAAAUCGCUCAUGUCUCAUCACUUUCAAACAAGGUGCCUUUAUCCCAGGGGUCCCUGUGCAGCCUGUGAUUAUGAGGUAUCCCAACAAACUGGAUACAGUGUCUUGGACUUGGCAGGGUUUCAGCUCGAGGACACUGCUGCUUUUAACUCUGUGCCAGCUGUACACCACAGUGGAGAUAGAGUUCCUGCCGACACAUAUCCCCACAGAGGAGGAGAAGAAAAGCCCUCCUCUGUUUGCCAACAAAGUGCGAGAAACUAUGGCUCAAGCUUUGGGAGUUCCAGUGACAGACCACACAUAUGAAGACUGCCGCCUGAUGAUCUCAGCUGGUGAGCUAACGCUGCCCAUGGAGGCCGGCCUGGUUGAGUUCACCAAAAUUAGCCGUAAACUCAAUCUGAAGUGGGACAAUGUGAAGAAGGAGCUGGAGGGUUUUGCAGCCAUGGCCACCUCUUGUAAAGGAGGACGGAUCACCAUCGAGGAGUUUGCCAGAUUCCUAAAGCUACCUGUCAACCCAGCCCUCCAGGAGCUGUUUGGACUGUUUGACAGGAAUGGAGAUGGCACCAUAGACUUCAGAGAGUAUGUCAUCGGCGUGACCAUCUUAUGUCGACCAGCUAACACUGAGGAUGUUCUUCGAAUGGCUUUCAAGUUGUUUGAUACAGAUGACGAUGAGAAAAUCACCCGAGAGGAGUUUACUGCUCUGCUGCGCUCUGCUCUGGGUGUGUCCGAUCUAAACAUGACCAAGCUCUUCAAGGAGAUUGAUGCUGAUGGCUCUGGUUUCAUCACCUUCAGUGAAUUUCAGAGCUUUGCCUCGACCCACCCAGAGUAUGCCAAGCUCUUCACCACCUAUCUGGAGCUUCAGAGAUACCAGGCAAUUCAGGAGGCGAGUCCAGGUGACCUGGAAUUGUCCUGUCAGACCAGUUCGGCAGAAAAACAGGAAGACAGCACCUCUGACAAAAAAGAUGACUGACCGUGAACUCUGCUUGACUGCACUGAGACAGAACACUGUAUCCACUGCACUGAGAAGAAAAAAAGCAAGUCUUAUCCACUCCAACAACUUCUAGCAAAUUCAAGUCAUUUGCCACAGCAGAGCCAUAGUAUAAGUCAUGUGCUUGCCUUUUUAGAUGGUUUUAGAGUGCUUCUAUCUUCAAUUUUAGUGCCUUAUAGAGAUUUCAAAGAACCACAUCCCCAAGUCACUGCACAAGAAAUGUCUCAUUAGAUUCUUUUAUCCCUAAAGUUUUGUGUGAGCGCGUGUUUUGGUUAUGUAUUCACCAGGAAAAAAAAUGAAAAGCUAGUCAUAGGAUGAAAAUAUGUCACUCAUCAGUGUUUAACAUUUCUAAACCCUGCAAUCUUGAGAGUUUUAAUGUUAGUGCCAGUGUUUUAUGCUAUAUUUAAACUGCCUCACCAUGUUUUUGUCUUGGAUACAUCAUUCUCAGUAGCCUGAGCUUAUCCCCACUUGGACUUAGAUGAACAUAGCGUUGUGUACCCCCUCCUUUGUCUUUGUGAUCCUCUGUAAAUGAGUGGGAAAAAAAAUGCCAAACCAACACCUUUUUAAAUAUAAGCAAAGAGUCCUCGUGCUUCUGUGUUGCAGUAUAAUUAGUGUACAGUAAGCUUUAUUAAGAUCUUUCCAACCUGGCAACCCGCAGAUGUUCUGUAUUAAAGCUAUGUCUACGAAGAGCAUACAUGCUGCGCAUUACACUUUUUCCAGUGCUCAGGGACACAGACCUUGUAAGAUGGCUGUAUAAUUAGCCAGAGGUUUGCUUUGCAUGUGUAUCUAUUUGCAUUUCUACUGAAGACUGUUGUUGCUGAGACAGCAGCAUGUCUGCGCGGCUUUAAGUUUACUAAAGCAAAUGAACCACUGAAAAUAGGGCAAUUUGUGAGCAAAAAGGCAACAGUGCUUCUUCACAACAGUAUAUCCCAGCGGGGUAUGCUUUCAGAUUAACUAGCAGCACUGUUAUUUAUUUAGCGAGGUGCAUUGCAAUUAUGUGAUUUUUUUUUUCCUUUCUUUUUUUUGUUAACACUGCAAAGUUUGCUUUUUAAAAUAAAACAAGAAUAAGAUUUUAAUCUUGCCUGCAUUUUUAUAUUCAUCACUGAGGGAACCUGUAAUGACUUCUGUUGUUUAUAAUGAGGCAUGGGUGCAAUGAAGGGGGCUACAGCUGCACCUCUGGUUCUCCAAGCCACCACCAGGUGCCAGUAGUUACCUACUACAAUUCAAUUGUGUGCAAGUUGGUUUUUGCUCUGCUUGUGAGUACCACUCUGAGUUUUAAAUCUUUUGUCAUCUUUGGCCUGUCCUUUAAAUUAAUGGUAGAGCUAGACAACCAUGAUGUUUAAGUUAGUAUCAGAUUUAUGGUGCACAAGUGUGUGUGCAAAUGUCACAUUUAAUCACGGGGCACUGAAACAGAAGAUAACGCAUGAUAUGAAUGAGUUCUUUGAGUUUCAGCCUCACAGAAAGUGUAUCUAGAACAUAAACAUUUCAAUGGAUUUAUCAUGUUUUUGUUUAAUGCAGCAAUAUCUUAAAGAAAACAACAAUGUUACUGUGACUUAUGUGCUAUAAUCACUCAGUUUGUCUGCAUUAUAUUUCUUCAUUGGCCUCUCUGUGACCCAACCUGUACUCAUUGUGAGGUGGGAAGAAGUCUUAAUCAUGAACAGAUGCAGUGUGUAUGUGCUAAUGGAACAUUUUAUCAUUGAAGAAACACCAGAACGGACACACUGUAUGAGAUUUGGAGAACGAUGUACUGAAACGUGUUGGUGAAGACCAUGUGAAAGUUUGGUUUUGUUAUACUGCAUGUGCGUGUCUAUUCUGUCAAUACAAUUUCUCAGACAGAGAAUCUGUAUCAAUCACAUGUAAACUGAUGUACAGACAAUAAACAUUUUCAUCAAA